AUGGAGUACGGACGCUUCAGAGAGAGAAGGGAGCCAGAAUAUCCGUCCAUCUUCGAGAUCUUUCCCUGUAAACCGACUCCAGGACCUGCCCCUCGCAUCAAGAAAGAAGAGAAUAGUAAGGACGAUACUCGCAAGGACGGCCGUGCAGAGGGCCAUGCUGUUGGGCGCGUCAAGAAGAGAAAUGCAGCCGAAGAAAUACCACCGUCUGAUGACCGCGAGCGCAAACACACUGAACGGCGUCGCCGUCGCCGCAAGAGACGUGAGAAUAAACUGGUCGCCGCGCCGCAGGAGGGCCCUGCUGGGGUCCACGUUAUUGGGCGCUUCAAAGUGAAUAAAAUUGCGGAAGAUAAUCCACCGUUUAAGGAUCAAGACAGCGACCUGACUACGCAAAGAGAGAUUUGCCCCAAGGAACGAGAUGUAAUACUGGUCGAUGCGCCGCAGGAGGGCCCCACUGAGGUGGACGGUGCCACGAUGGAUCAAGAGGAGGAGAGAGUAGCUGAGUGUCUUAUGGAUGCUGCCAAUAUGGAACAAGACUGUCAAGAUUUAGAGGAGGAGGAACCUGAGAGUCUCAUGGGUGCGGCCAAGAUGGGCGAAGCAUGUAGUGACACUGAGGAAUGGGCAAAUGAUGGUGUCGUGGCCGUUUCUGAGACUGACCCAGCAUGUGGAGAUGAGGAGGAAGAGGCAGCUGAAAGUGUAGUGAAUGCUGCCAGGAUGGAACAAGGCCAUGAAGAUUUAGAGGAGGAGGCAGCUGAAAGUCACAUGGGUGCUGCCAAGAUGGAGGAAGUCCAUGGCCAUGCUGUUGGGCGCGUCAAGAAGAGAGAGGCAGCCGAAGAAAUACCACCGUCUGAUGACCGCGAGCGCAAACACACUGAACAGCGUCGCUGUCGCCGCAAGAGACGUGAGAAUAAACUGGUCGCCGCGCCGCAGGAGGGCCCUGCUGGGGUCCACGUUAUUGGGCGCUUCAAAGUGAAUAAGGUAGCAGAAGAUAAUCCACCGUUUAAGGAUCAAGACAGCGACCUGACUACGCAAAGGGAGACUUGCCCCAAGGAACGAGAUGUAAUACUGGUCGAUGCGACGCAGGAGGGCCCCACUGAGGUGGACUGUGCCAAGAUGGCUCAAGAGGAGGAGAGAGUAGCUGAGUAUCUUGUGGAUGCUGUCAAGAUGGGUGAAGCUUGUGGAGAGAUUGAGGAAGGGGAAGAUGAGGGUCUCGUGUAUGGUGCUGAGAUUGGUGCAGCAUGUAGAGAUGAGGAGAAAGAGGCAGCUAAGGUCCUCGUGAAUCCUACCAAGAUGGAACAAGCCCAUCAAGACUUAGAGCAGGAGGCAGCUGAAAGUCCCAAUGGUGCUGCCAAGAUGGGCGAAGCAUGUAGUGACACCGAGGAAUGGGCAAAUGAUGGUGUCAUGGACGUUUCUGAUAUUGACCCAGCAUGUGGAGAUGAGGAGGAAGAGGCAGCUAAGGUCCUCGUGAAUCCUACCAAGAUGGAACAAGCCCAUCAAGACUUAGAGCAGGAGGCAGCUGAAAGUCCCAAUGGUGCUGCCAAGAUGGGCGAAGCAUGUAGUGACACUGAGGAAUGGGCAAAUGAUGGUGUCGUGGACGUUUCUGAUAUUGACCCAGCAUGUGGAGAUGAGGAGGAAGAGGCAGCUAAGGUCCUCGUGAAUCCUACCAAGAUGGAACAAGCCCAUCAAGACUUAGAGCAGGAGGCAGCUGAAAGUCCCAAUGGUGCUGCCAAGAUGGGCGAAGCAUGUAGUGACACCGAGGAAUGGGCAAAUGAUGGUGUCAUGGACAUUUCUGAUAUUGACCCAGCAUGUGGAGAUGAGGAGGAAGAGGCAGCUAAGGUCCUCGUUAAUCCUACCAAGAUGGAACAAGCCCAUCAAGACUUAGAGCAGGAGGCAGCUGAAAGUCCCAAUGGUGCUGCCAAGAUGGGCGAAGCAUGUAGUGACACUGAGGAAUGGGCAAAUGAUGGUGUCGUGGACGUUUCUGAUAUUGACCCAGCAUGUGGAGAUGAGGAGGAAGAGGCAGCUAAGGUCCUCGUGAAUCCUACCAAGAUGGAACAAGCCCAUCAAGACUUAGAGCAGGAGGCAGCUGAAAGUCCCAAUGGUGCUGCCAAGAUGGGCGAAGCAUGUAGUGACACCGAGGAAUGGGCAAAUGAUAGUGUCAUGGACGUUUCUGAUAUUGACCCAGCAUGUGGAGAUGAGGAGGAAGAGGCAGCUAAGGUCCUCGUGAAUCCUACCAAGAUGGAACAAGCCCAUCAAGACUUAGAGCAGGAGGCAGCUGAAAGUCCCAAUGGUGCUGCCAAGAUGGGCGAAGCAUGUAGUGACACUGAGGAAUGGGCAAAUGAUGGUGUCGUAGACGUUUCUGAUAUUGACCCAGCAUGUGGAGAUGAGGAGGAAGAGGCAGCUAAGGUCCUCGUGAAUCCUACCAAGAUGGAACAAGCCCAUCAAGACUUAGAGCAGGAGGCAGCUGAAAGUCCCAAUGGUGCUGCCAAGAUGGGCGAAGCAUGUAGUGACACCGAGGAAUGGGCAAAUGAUGGUGUCGUGGACGUUUCUGAUAUUGACCCAGCAUGUGGAGGUGAGGAGGAAGAGGCAGCUAAGGUCCUCGUGAAUCCUACCAAGAUGGAACAAGCCCAUCAAGACUUAGAGCAGGAGGCAGCUGAAAGUCCCAAUGGUGCUGCCAAGAUGGGCGAAGCAUGUAGUGACACCGAGGAAUGGGCAAAUGAUAGUGUCAUGGACGUUUCUGAUAUUGACCCAGCAUGUGGAGGUGAGGAGGAAGAGGCAGCUAAGGUCCUCGUGAAUCCUACCAAGAUGGAACAAGCCCAUCAAGACUUAGAGCAGGAGGCAGCUGAAAGUCCCAAUGGUGCUGCCAAGAUGGGCGAAGCAUGUAGUGACACCGAGGAAUGGGCAAAUGAUGGUGUCGUGGACGUUUCUGAUAUUGACCCAGCAUGUGGAGGUGAGGAGGAAGAGGCAGCUGAAAGUGUAGUGAAUGCUGCUAGGAUGGAACAAGCCCAUCAAGAUUUAGAGGAGGAGGCAGCUGAAAGUCACAUGGGUGCUGCCAAGAUGGAGGAAGUCCAUGUAGAAGUGGUGGAGGGGGCAGCUGAGAGACCCUGUAGCCAACCCUCGGGUGCUGCUUGCACCCACUGA